AUCCUUAUUCCUAUCUUGGGCAAUGGUAGACUGACAUGUGUAUGAACAUACAAAAAUUAGCUAUGAGCGGUUAUACAUUAAUUUUCCCCUAGUCUUAAAGUGUGAGAAUGCCAGAAGCGAGGCAAAUGAAGAGCAUGAGCUACUGUGUGUCUGUGUGUAUGUUAUUACCAACUAAGGAAUCAAAGUAUCUUUGCUGGGUUUAGACUUGUAGAGGAAGAAGAAGAAAAAGACCUACAGCUACAACUACAAGGGUCAAACAAGACAGUGACAACUGGUCAAACUGGUGUUCAAAAUCUUUACCUUAGAUUUUAUCCUUCAAAGAAAAAAAGAUAAUGUGGUGCUGGAAUCAUCUAACAUGAACAUUGCAAAAUUUUGCUGCCGGUUUACUUGGGCUUUUGUAGCUAGGUAGAUCAGGCUAGCUACAAAAGGUUUAGCAAGAUAGUUGGACAUGAAUUUGCUGGUGAGAAGAUGCUUCAGCCAAGGGAAACCGACAUUCCUGCUUUAUUUUUGGUCCUGGUUGUGCUUCCCCUGGUUUCUUAUAUCCUUCUAGGCAAAUGGAAUGAGGCAGCCAAAAAGAAAGAGAGGGUUGGUUUGCUGGCUCAACGGGCUGCUGAAGAAGCUUUUAAGUCAGAAACUGUGCCUGCUGUAAGUAUUAUCCCUACCCCUCUUGUGCCUUUGCCAAGCAGUGCAAUUCAUCAGUGUGCAAGAUGCCAUAGUCCAGCCACAACUCGGUGCUCUCAAUGCAAAUCUGUUCGAUAUUGCUCAGGGAAGUGUCAGAUUCUCCACUGGAGACAGGUUCACAAGCUAGAGUGUCAUCAAUUGGGUAACAACUGCAACAGCUCAUUCUCUCAGUCUGCAUUGACUGAUGAAUUCCCGGGACGAGUGUCAUUUGAUAGUUAUGUUGAAGCGCAGUACAGUGACGGCAACAUUAAUCAGUCAUGGCUUGGCAAAGCUCCUCCAGAUGGUGUCUCUGAAACAUCCAUUAUCACACCACUCACCCCUACUGCUGUUAGUAUGGUAAUGGAUACAUCAGUAGCUCCAAAAGUUGGGAUACGACCUGUAGACAAGAGACUACAUAAAGGCAACAGAGACAUAUUAAGAAGAGGGGAAGGAACCAUGUCCGAGAGUUCUGAGCAAGCCUCUCAAUCUAGGGUUACUACUUCCCCCUCAUGUGCUAUCUCUUCAACAGAACGUUCUAUGAACCAGAAGUCAAGAGAAAGUGAGUCCAUGUUUUCGGAACAUGAUAGCAUCGCGGAUGGAUUCAAUAGUGAACAAGCUGAUUUGAUGAGUACAAUGGGAGAACGCCAUAUGUUACAAAAGCAGAGGGAACACAUCUCAAGAAAUCAUCGUCACAUUUCAAGUUCAUUGAAUCUAGAAGGCCAUGAAAUGAGUGCAUGCAAGAAUCAGAAGGAGUUGAUUGAUGAAGAAAGUCUUAUACGAGAAGGCAUCAUUACCAGCACUCAGGCAAUUCCAUUGACUUGCACUCAUGGAAAGACUUCAACAAGGAGAAGCAGUAGAGUGAAAAGUGCAUCACAUUCUCAAGUAGCAAAGUCCCAUAGAACGCCCAAAAUAUCAAGAGAAGAAAUGUGUUCAGGUUUGGAAGGAAACAGCCACAAUAUCGACGAGUCAAAAAAUGCUAGAAGAAAGGAUGCCGUCCCUCCACAAGCAGGCAAUGGGGUUGCAAACAUGGGCAUUAUGAGAAUGUUUGGUCUGGUUAAAUCAUCAAAAGUUGAUAGACAUCAAUCCAUAGAAUCCAGGGCUGACAAACACAAGAAACUAAAGAUGCUGUUUCCUUAUGAAGAAUUUGUGAAGUUAUUUGAAUAUGAAGACUUCACUUUGUUGCCUAGAGGUAUCAUAAAUUGCGGGAAUAGUUGUUAUGCCAAUGCUGUCUUGCAGUGUCUGACCUUCACAAAGCCUUUAACAAUCUACCUGCUUCGCAGAUCACAUUCUAGAACUUACUGCAGGAGAGAUUGGUGCCUUAUGUGUGAACUUGAGCAACAUGUGAUGUUGUUAAGAGAAAGUGGAGGUCCUCUGUCGCCAAGCAGGAUUCUUUUGCAUAUGCGGAGCAUUAAUGGCCAGAUUGGCAAUGGCAGUCAGGAAGAUGCUCACGAGUUUUUAAGGCUUCUUGUUGCUUCUAUGCAAUCUAUAUGCUUGGAGGCAUUGGGUGGAGAAAAUGCUGUUGAUCCAAGAUUGCAGGAAACGACCUUUAUACAACACACUUUCGGAGGGCGUCUUAGAUCUAAGGUCAAAUGCCUGAGAUGCCACCACGAGUCGGAGUGCUACGAAAAUAUCAUGGAUCUCUCAUUGGAGAUCUUUGGUUGGGUUGAGUCACUUGAAGAUGCAUUGACGCAGUUUACAAGUCCCGAAGAUCUUGAUGGGGAAAACAUGUAUAGAUGCGGAAGGUGCGCUUGUUAUGUUCGUGCACAAAAGCAGUUGAGCAUACAGGAGGCUCCAAAUAUCUUGACUAUUGUCUUGAAGAGAUUUCAGGAAGGAAGUUAUGGGAAGAUAAAUAAGUGCAUCACUUUUCCAGAUAUGCUGGAUAUGAUACCAUUUAUGACUGCGACAGAUGACAUUCCUCCACUUUACAUGCUUUAUGCUGUUGUUGUGCACUUGGAUACCUUAAAUGCAUCAUUUUCCGGGCAUUACAUAUCCUACGUGAAGGAUCUACACCGACAAGGCAAUUGGUUCAGGAUU